UGACAGAUGAGAGCUCGAUCAUGGAUUCUCAUGGUUUGUACUGGACCCUGUGGAUGUUGUUGUGUUUUGGCCAGUAUUUAGGUGACGAUCUGCAGUUUUCUGAGCCGGCUAAUGGAGCAAUAGGAGGAUAUGUGGUGUUAAUCCCUGAUUACCCACCCUACACAUCAAUUGAUGUAAUUCAGUGGCAUUUUGGAACAACUCUUAUAAUGACAGACCAGUCUGGUGAAAUUACAGUAUCCCCAGGAUACGGUGGCAGAAUCACUUUUGACAGAAGAAGUCUCGCUCUGGUGCUAUGGGACCUGAGACUGUCUGAUUCUGGAAAAUACAGGCUGACUGUAGUAACUAGUGCUUCAGCUCAACUUACAGGAGAAACUUCACUACAAGUUUUCGAAAGAAUAACUGAUGUCAAGCUUAUUGGUCCAGAAGAAAUAUUAAUAGAGGAUGAAUCAAUUGCUAACAUCACCUCUGAGGGAACUGGCCACAUCACCUCUGUACAGUGGAUGAAAGAUAAAAUUCCUCUGUCUUCUAGCGACAGAAUCUUUUUCUCAUCUGAUAACAGAUCAUUGCUCAUCAGUCCAGUGCAGAGAUCAGACACUGGGGACUAUCAGUGUAUAUAUAGCAACCCUGGCACCUCUAUGACAAGAAAAAUCAGUCUGGUCAUCAACUAUGGACCAGAUAAUAUUUCUAUUGCAGGUCCGAAUGUGGUGAAUGUAGGGGAUCCUGUGUCACUCGUUUGCUCUGCAAGUUCUCAACCUCCUGCUUCAUUCGCCUGGAGGUUUAAUGGAACAGAAAUUGGUGUGACCACAAAAACAUUCACCAUAAAUCAGACUGACCUCACACACAGUGGAGAAUAUGACUGCGUAAUUAAGAAUAGUAUCACAAUAUAUUUUGCCGUAGUCUUCCAUCCCUUACUAGUUAAAGAAGGUGGAGGUGAAGGUAGUGAAGGUGGAGGAGGAGGAUGGCUGACAACAGGAGCGAUAGCUGGGAUUGUCAUUGGGGCUAUAGUGGCAGUUGCAGGCAUUUGUGGCUUGAUUGUCUAUUUAACAACAACUAAGAUCCCAGAACUAAACCUAUGACAAAAGAGACCAGCAAG